AUUCACUUGCUGAGAAAAAAAAGAUGCUGAACAUUUCUGAAUUUAUUAGUUUAUAGGAAUUAUUUUGGACCUUAUCCGAUACCCAACCAUAAGAAGAUGAAGCUGCGCGUGCAGUUACAAUGCAAGAACCUCCAUGAGUACCUGAAAGAGUUGAGCCCUGAGAUCUUGGACAGAUUGUACAACCAUCCGGCCACAUGUCUGGCUGUCUACAGGGAGCUCCCCCCAUUGGCCAAGAAUUAUGUAAUGCGAAUGCUGUUCCUGGACCAACCCCUUCCUCAGGCAGCGGUGGCUCUGUGGGUGAAAAAAGACAGUGAAAAGGACCACGAUCAGUGUGUCUCUGUGCUGUCUGGUCUCAGACUAUGGCACAGCCAGCAGCUACAGGGAGGCCUGCAGGGAAACGUUCUGAACCCCGUAUUCAAAGACAACCUGAGAAUAGCAUUAUUAGGAGGGGGUAAGUCGUGGGCAGACCAGGGUGACAGUCUGGGUCCUGACAGACAUGCCCGUGAUGUGGAGAGUCUGGAUAAGUAUGCCUUGGAGCGCUGGGAGGUUGUUCUCCACUUCAUGGUGGGCUGUCCCAGUGCUGCAGUCAGCCAGGAUCUGUCCCAGCUCCUCAUUCAGGCUGGCCUUAUGAGAACUGAGGCUGGAGAUGCUCCCUGUAUCACCUCUGCUGGUUUCCAGUUCCUCCUCCUGGACACAGCCUCUCAGCUCUGGUACUUCACCCUACAGUACCUCAACACGGCACAGACUCGUGGAAUGGACCUGGUGGAGAUUCUGUCCUUCUUGUUCCAGCUCAGUUUCUCAACACUAGGCAGGGACUACUCAGUGGAGGGGAUGAGUGAGUCUCUGCUCACCUUCCUACAGCACCUGAGAGAGUUUGGCCUCGUCUUCCAGAGAAAGAGGAAGUCUAGAAGGUACUACCCCACCAGGCUGGCCAUCACCCUGUCUGCUGGCGUCUCCGCCAACUCUUCCUCCACCGCCAUGGGCGCUGCCCCAGGGACUGGGGAUUCAGGUUUCAUCGUAGUGGAAACCAACUAUCGCCUCUAUGCUUAUACUAACUCUGAGCUGCAGAUAGCUUUGGUGGCUCUGUUUAGCGAGUGCCUCUAUCGCUUCCCUAACGUGGUGGUAGCCCAUGUUACCAGGGAGUCAGUGCAGCAAGCCAUCGCUAACGGCAUCACUGCACAGCAGAUUCUCCACUUUCUAAGGACCAGAGCACAUCCUGUCAUGCUGAAACAGAACCCAGUGCUGCCCCCCACCAUCACAGACCAGAUCAGACUAUGGGAGCUGGAGAGAGAUCGACUACAGUUCUCUGAGGGAGUGCUGUAUAACCAGUUCCUCUCCCAGGCUGACUUCGAAGUGUUGCGGGACAGAGCUCAGGGCCUGGGUUGUCUGGUGUGGCAGAACGUGGCUCACAGGGUGAUUGUGGUUUCACCGCAGGGACACAGCGAAGUCAAGAGGUUCUGGAAACGACAGAAGAGUCACACCUGAUAUCAGACGAAGAGAACAAAAGGGAUAUGAUGUUUUUUUUUAAAGUUUUUUUUUCUAGAGGUGACAGUUGGAUGAUCCUCUGAAGAAGGUAUAUAGAGAGUUCUGGAGAUACUGUACUAGAUCUUGAAUUGGACACAGCGGCGCAAUGGCUGACGCCUGGUGGCAGAUCUGUUUGUGCUCUUACCUGCAAUGUCAUUGUCAAGCCAAACAUGGCAAUUCCAUAAGGAGUUGGCAAGGGAAGACUGGCACCCAGGCAUUUGUGACUGGUGUUGGGAAAGACAAAAUGGAGAAAGCAAGUGCUUUGUCUCUGUUUUUGUUGGUGAUAUUGCCGUUGUCUCCUGGGUUGGUGGGCAAAUAAAAUUAUUUGAAGAAA